AUGGUCCCCAUCCUUACCGGAAGACCUGCGCGCACAGGGAAGGUUGACUCGGCGCAUGGACCCAAGCAGCUCAAAGAUGGGAGGGUUGUUCAGUCAAUCCUACAAAACCUCCCUGCAACAGCAGACUGGGGCCAUCAGAUCAAGCAAGCAGCAUGUGCCAUAGUCGAGAACAGGAAAAAUUACAGAGGGUACCGGGAAAGCUCGGCUCUCAAGCGGCUGCGCAGGCAAGCAAUGCAAGCCACGCCGAGGGCUGAAGCAAGGGAGCUGUGGAAGCAGGUAUGGAAGGUAAGGAGGCAGGAAAGGGAUGGAUGGCAGAAGGGGCUCCUUGAGGCAGCCCUUGCGGAGGACUGGCAAGCGCUCCGGGCGAUCAAAACAGCGAGAAGAAGACACCAGUGGGAAGAGGCACUCACUACACAGCCAGACUGGGAGGAGACGAUGCGAGAACACUUCCACAGUAUCUUCGCCAAGCAAGCAGCAGAACAAGUAAAAGCCGAAAUAGCCGCGGUUUGGGAGCAUCUCACCACCCUCUGCAAAACCACCAGGUGGCGACCUUUCACCACAGAGGAACUGGCACAAUGCACAACAGCAUGGGAGUUCAACGACGCCCUUUAUAAAGGCAGAUGCUCCCACCUCACCAAGAAGUCGGCGACCAUUCUUCUUCCCAAAGAAGCGCAGCCAGCAGACUGGGGAAGGCAGGCGGCUGAGCUGAUACUCCUGCUAAGGCGAGCAAUAAGGGUAAGUAAGGAGUGGAAUGUGCCGUUCCACAUCCUUAAGGUGGACGUCUCUAAAGCCUUCGACACAGUGUCCCAGCCAGCACUGUCGGCGACCAUCGGAGACAAGCUUGCCCCCCUAGGACUGGCGUGGGAAGCGCGACUCUGGGUAGACUUGGUAGAGAACCGUGAGUUGGAAGUGUACGCCCAGGGGCUGCCGAGACCCGUCCAGCAAACCAAUGGCGCACGCCAAGGUUCUCCGGAUAGUCCGGUAAUCUUUGCCAGUGUCAUUGGGGACGUGCUCAACGAGACCCUUGCUGAGGAAGGGGAACCCAAUACCGGAGCAAUGAGGCUGGCCAAGAGGAACUUGGCCAUACACCCCCGAAAAACCAAGUACGUGCACACCUCAGAACAUGAGCACACCCUGCACGUGGCCGGCCAGGAAGUGAGGGGAGACAGAAUGGGGACGAUCGCGGUGUUGGGGGCGCCAAGUGGCAUGCAACAAGAAGUACUGGCGUGCUUGGGUGAGAUCUCCAGGAGGGCCAAAGCUGCCUUUGCGGUGCACAGGCGGAUGCUAACGGGAGCAGGGAGCGCAAAACAGAAGAUGAUUGCCUACGGCAGAUUCGUCAACCCCGCGGCCCUGUGGGCCGUGGGGGCCUGCCACCCUCACGAGGCCUUGCUGAAGGGGGCGAACAGCGUCCAGCUGAUGCAGUUGCGCCAGGCGCUAGGGAUACCCAGGCGACCACUUGAAUCCUGGGUCGAUUGGAACCAACGAUCCCUGCGCUUCGCCCGACUUGUUCUGGCUCAGAAGCUAGAACUCCGCUGCAGCUCGGAGAUGCUCAAGCUGAUCUGGAGGCUCUACGGACAUAUGGCCCGCCAUGAAGACGACAGCACGGCCUUGCUACGAUGGAGAGACCAUGCAUGGUGGGAGGGACAACAGGCAGACCCCCAAGGAGCCAGGCAUCCCAAAAGGUUCAACGCGAUGCUUAACACAGAACGCCUUCUCAACCAAAUUGCCCGCCCAGAACCGCGUGGAAUGGAGUAG